AUGGCGAAUAGCAAAAAAGUGCAGCAGGAAAUUGACCGCCAGCUGCGGAACACGCAGGAUGGCAUUGAAAGCUACGAGGAGCUCUACGACAAGUUCCUCAAGGCCGGUACGCAGUCGCAGAAGGAGCGAUUUGAGGGCGAACUCAAGAAGAAGAUAAAGAAGCUGCAGCGCUUUCGCGAUGGCAUCAAGGCGCUCAUCGUGAGCCCUGAGGUGAAGGACACGAAGAUGCUGGAGUCCUACCAGAAGGUGAUUGAGGAAAAGAUGGAGGUCUUCAAGAUGUGUGAGCGCGAGACGAAGACCAAAGCCUUCAGUAAGGAGGGCCUCGCCGCCAACUCGCCCAACGAGACGCCCCAGGCCCACAGCGAGGCGUGGUUGAAGUCCGCCAUGGACGACGCGCGGAAGCAGAUCGAGAUCAUUGAAUACGAUGUGGAACGCAACACGCGUGGUCACCACGGGCGCGGUAAGAACGCGCAGUCUGCCGAGGCCGUGCGGCUGCAAAGGCUGAAAUUCCACUUAGGCAAGCUUGAACAGCUGCUGAAGCUCGUGACGAAUGGCGACGCCGAUCUAGACGAGGUGGACGCCAUUGAGGGGCAGGUGCAGAGGCUGCUGCAGAACGACGGGGGUAUCGACGACCUCGAUGUUGACGAAGACGAGAGGCUCUACAUGAUGUUUGACCUUGACGACGUCACUGAAAAGCGACGGAGUGGGGUGGAUGAGGACAACAGCAUCUCUGCCGCGGCCCUGCAAAAGGGACGGGCGGCAAGCCCUACAACGAUGGCAAAGCCGACCACGCAGUCUAACACUACGUCUAUCACUUCUACUACUACCACCACCGCUGCCAUCGCCACGCCUGGGAAGAAGGUAACACCGUCCUCUGCCGCAUCUGCCAGUGUUGGAAAGGCGGAGUUGCCGCGGCGGCAGGGCACCUCGCAGUCGAGCCCCACUGCGAUGUCCCCCGUACCAGCUACAAUGACCAAGUCGGCUUCGAGUAGAGAUGCACCGAUGGAGGCGUGGGAUGAGAAUGCCGCGCUGCUGGACGACGAGAUGGACAAGGCCAAUGCAGACACAUUUGGCGAUGACGCGAUGGAGAUGGCGGGCACCGGCUCUUUAGCGGAGAUGGCGAAGGCGACUGGCAGCCUCCCGCCUAUGGGCGACUGGGAAAAGGGUCGCCCCGCGAGUCUCGUCUCGCCGCCGUCUGCCACUGCUGGCAAAGCACAGGUAGCAGAGCAGUCAUCACCACAACAACAACCAGCAGCAGCUACUACUACUACUACUACUACUACUNACAGCUACAGCAGCAACCUGCAGCGACAGCAGCAGCGUCGUCGACGCCGCCUCAGCGCAGCACAGAGAGUAAGCACCACGUUAGUGCCACUUCAUCCGCCACCAACCAUGCCCCGGCCGCCACCGCCACUACCACAACCACGUAUGAUAAGGCCAUGA